UCCAAUCAGUCCUGCAGCUGGGCAGCUGUGGAGCUGAUUUCUGUCGAUGGCUUCAUGAAGAGGAGCAACAGCCCAGAGUCGGCCUGGUCCUCGACGUGAAGAACCAUGGACAGCUUGACUCCUCUGUCGUUCUACAACAACGUCAUCAGGGAAGACUUCACCAAGGAUGCCGUCUUCAGAGCAGUUUCUGAGGGAGAUGUUGAGCAGCUCGCUGGUCUGCUGGAGUUCCUGCGAGCUAAAGACAAGCGGCUUUCCAGUCUAGAUUUUACAGAUAAAACGACUGGGAAAACGGUGCUCCUGAAAGCUCUGCUCAACCUGAAAGAUGGCAGAAACAACACCGUUGGGGUCCUGCUUGAAAUCGCAGAGAAGACCGAGGAUUUAGAAACUCUGAUAAAUGCAGCUUAUACAGAUCCUUGUUAUCAAGGUCAGACUGCUCUGCAUGUCGCCAUUGAAAGGAGGAGUCUUUACUACGUCAAGCUGCUGGUCCAGAAAGGAGCAGACGUGCAAGCCAAAGCCAACGGGACCUUUUUCCAGCAGGGUGCAGGACUGGGCUUUUAUUUUGGUGAGCUGCCUCUGUCCCUGGCCGCCUGCACCAAUCAGCCGGAGAUGGUUUCGUUUCUCAUGGAGAACCCGGACAGGAGAGCCGAUCCCACCCAGAGAGACUCCCAGGGAAACACCGUCUUGCACAUCCUGGUGGUGAUAGCAGACGACAGCACAGAAAACACAGAAAUGGUCGCAAACAUGUACGACAGAAUCCUUGUUCAGCACUACAAGCUCAACAAGAAAAGUAAAGUCCAGCUGGAAUCCAUAGUGAACAACGAAGGUCUGACGCCCCUCAAACUAGCAGCCAGUCUUGGUAAAAUUGGGCUGUUGAAACACAUGUUGAGUCGUGAAUUCAUGGAUGAGAGCAGGCGGCUGUCCAGGAAGUUCACACGGUGGGUCUACGGACCUGUUCGCUCGUCCCUUUAUGACAUCGGUUCCAUCGACACGGACGAGAACAACUCUGUGCUGGAGAUCAUCAUCUUUGGGAGUGAAAUGCCGAAUCGACCGGAGAUGCUGCAGAUUGAGCCUCUUCAGAGUCUCCUUCAGAAUAAGUGGAAGAAAUUUGCUUCUAAGCUGUUCUUGAUAAAUUUCCUGUCCUACAUGCUGUACUUGGUCAUCUUCACCUCAGUGGCCUUCUACAGAAAAGACGGAGAGCCUCCUUUUGCCAUUAAUGACCCAGAGGACUACCUCAGUUUUGUUGGUGAACUAAUCGUCGUCCUUGGAGCUUUAAGGUUUCUGUACAAAUCGAUUACCCAAUUCCAGAGGAGACCACCUCAAAUCAGAACUUUGUUCACCAACGGAUUCAGUGACAUUUUGUUUUUCCUGCAGGCGGUGCUGCUGCUGCUGUGCGCCAUCUUGUACUGCUCUGGCUGCAGGGAAUAUGUGGGCCUGCUUGUGCUGGCUCUGGCUCUGGCCUGGGUGAGCCUUCUGUAUUACGCCAGAGGAGUCAAGCAGCUGGGGAUCUACAACGUCAUGAUGCAAAGGAUGAUCCUGGGCGACCUGCUUCACUUUUUGUGCAUCUACAGUGUUCUGCUGUUUGGAUUCUCCACAGCUGUUGUUGCACUCAUUAAGGAACCCUCUGGGACUGUGAGAACAAACGAGACGCUGGUACCAGAAGGCGACUUUAAGUCGGAUCCGUCUGGAUGCAGGAAGCCUGGUUAUGACGAUAUGCGUCACACAAUGAUGGAACUGUUCAAGUUCACCAUCGGGAUGGGAGACCUGGAGUUCACCGACCACGUUGACUACAAGAGCGUCUUCUACAUCCUGCUCAUCUGCUACAUCGUCCUCACGUACAUCCUGAUGCUCAACAUGCUCAUCGCCCUGAUGGGCAACACGGUGGAGAGGAUCUCAGAGCAGAGCGAAACCAUCUGGAACCUGCAGAGAGCUUUUGCAAUCUUGGACAUGGAGAGGGCCUUACCAAGGUGGCUGAAGACGAAGCUGCAUUCCAGGGCGUCUGAAACGGUCCGCCUGAAGAACGACGAGGACACGACUCUCAGAUUUAUCACGGUGGCUGAAAUGAACUGGACUAAAUGGAGGUCUGAUAUCAGCACGAAGCUGGAAGAAGAUCCAGAAAACACCGUGGUUUCUCAAGGAUUGAUGGGCAUCGUGGGACCUAGACUUGUUUCUGAAGAGCUCUCAAACUCUCUUGCAACGUCAACAGAAGAUCAUUCUUUAGCAUAGUUUGAUCCGUUUGCCUUCAUUUUAAUGAGAACUUUUAACUUUUAGUUUUUAAGUUUGAAUAGAAUGUUCUCACAUGUUCAGUAACUUUUUGGUUUAAAUGUUUAUUUUGAAUGAAACUUGUUCGCACAUUCACCACUGGACAUUCGAGAGCUUUUUCUCCCUGGUUAAGACUUUUGUAAAUUACUUUUUCUUGUGUAAGAAUUGCUCACUUGUGUUUAUUUCACUCCUAUUAAAUAAAAUGUUAAACUUUUAUUUAUAUUUUAUUUAAAAUUUUGCUUACAACUGCUGUAUUUUUGCUACAUGAAUUUGUAAUAAAGUGAAUAUAAAAAUGGAUUUGUGAAGAUAAACUGUUUGUCUGAUCACUGGAGUGUGAGAUUAAAGACUAAGUUUACAUUUAUUUCCAAACUUUA